GGCCACUGAACUAAACAAACUCUGAGGCGACUGUAGAUAGCCCACUUUGACCAGACGCCCUCUAGGAGUGCGACAGAAAGCACACUUGAGCUAGAGGGGAGAGGAAAGAGACUGAGAAAAAGACCUCCAUAAAGAGCACUUGGACAGGUGACCUAAGACGGCAUUUCUCCGUGGUUCUGGGUGUGCCCUGAGGAAAGUGGGAGGCAGGACUAAGCAGGUUCUUCUCUGGGACUGAAGGUAACCGUGCCGUCACACACUGUCCAUGGCAUCAGGGGACAGGCCCUCUACCUCCCAGUGCACUAUGGCUUCCACACUCCAGCGUCUGACAUCCAGAUCAUAUGGCUGUUUGAAAGAUCCCACACUAUGCCCAAAUACUUGCUAGGCUCGGUAAAUAAGUCUGUGGUUCCGGACUUGGAAUACCAGCACAAGUUCACCAUGAUGCCACCCAAUGCAUCUCUGCUCAUCAACCCACUACAGUUCACUGAUGAGGGCAAUUACAUUGUGAAGGUCAACAUCCAGGGAAAUGGAACUCUAUCCGCAAGCCAGAAGAUACAAGUCACUGUUGAUGAUCCUGUCAUGAAGCCAAUGGUUAAGUCCCAUCCCGCUUCUGGGGCUGUGGAGUAUGUGGGCAACAUUACCUUGACCUGCCAGGUAGAAGGAGGUACCAGGCUGGUUUACCAGUGGCAAAAAAAUGGGAAGCCCGUUUGCAUCAGCUCCAGUCACUCCUUUUCUCCUCAAAACAACACUCUUUGGAUUGUUCCAGCAACAAAGGAGGACAUUGGAAACUACACCUGCCUUGUGUCAAACCCUGUCAGUGAGAUGGAAAGUGAUAUCAUUAUGCCCAUCAUAUAUUAUGGACCUUACGGACUUCAGGUUAAUUCUGAUAAAGGGCUGAAAGUGGGAGAAGUAUUCACUGUCGACCUGGGAGAAGCCGUCCUCUUUGACUGUUCUGCUGACUCUUAUCCCCCCAACACCUACUCCUGGAUCCAAAGAUCUGACAAUACUACACACAUCAUCAAGCAUGGGCCUCGUUUAGAAGUUGCAUCUGAGAAAGUGGACCAGAAGACAGCUGACUACGUGUGCUGUGCUUACAACAACAUCACUGGAAGACGCGAUGAAACUCGAUUCACUGUCAUCAUCACUUCUGUAGGGCUGGAGAAGCUUGCGCAAAGGGGAAAAUCACUGUCCCCAUUAGCCAGUAUAACUGGAAUAUCACUGUUUUUGAUUAUAUCCAUGUUUCUUCUUUUUCUGUGGAAAAAAUAUCAACCUUACAAAGCUAUAAGACAGAAGCUAGAAGGCAGACCAGAGUCAGAAUACAGAAAAGCUCAAACAUUUUCAGGCCAUGAAGAUGCUCUGGGCGACUUUGGGAUCUAUGAGUUUGUGGCUUUUCCGGAUGCGGCUGGUGUUCCCAGGAUGUCGAGUAGGUCUGCCCCUCUCUCUGAUGGUGUAACAGGGCAAGAUUUUCACGGAACAAUUUAUGAAGUCAUUCAGCAUAUCCCUGCACAACAGCAAGACAAUGCAGAGUGAGACUCCAUGGGCAACAUAGUAUAUUGGAGUGAAAUCACAAAGAAACAUUUUGAAAGGAAACAUCUGGAAUUUGUGAAAAAUAAAAUUCCAGCAACCCUCAGCUAUGUCUAAAUGCAGAGUAGAGGCACCUGUGCAGACUGAAUGCCGGUUUUCUGACAUGCACAAUGGGCUGUGUGCCAGAGGAACACCGUGGGAGUAUUCCGCUGUGGAGAGUUUAUCACCCAGACUGGGAGGAAGAAGAGAACGGAGCUCCUCAGUUACUUGCUACAGAAAGUUUUAAGCGUUCCAACUGGGGCUUGCCCACGCUCCUCCGCUCUGAUCAGCGCAGCACUGCCCCUGGCACCCUGUGCCACUGACAAACUCGGAGGCUUCACCUUGGUAGAUGUUCGCGAUAAGCUUUGUUUUAUUAAGUGCUCAUUACUGUUAGGGAAAUAAAACAACUUUUUUUUUUUGUGGUCCCAAAUUGAUUUCUUGUUAUUUGUGUGACAAAAAGUUAAGGAUGCUUAACACAAAAGUGAGACUGUACCUUCUCCUUGGCUCUCAGUGAACUUUGGUAUCAACAGUGUAUUUGGAAAGACUGGCAAAAUGUGUAAGGAAAUGCUCAUUUCCAUUUUUGUUCAAAGAAAAAGAAAUUGAAAUAAAGUAUUCUGUUUGCUUUUUUA